GAGGAACGGAGGGCCUUUCCCACAGAGACAGCAGGACAUUCCCAGGCUUCUAAUCUAACAUGGCUGACACAGAGGAGGCAUAUGGGAUGCCUGAUACCCCAGUGGAGCCAGACCCCAAGGAGCUGCAGUGUGAUCCCAAACAGGACAGUCAGGUGGGGGUCAGCAGCAAAACCCCCACCUCUCCGCAAACAACCUUUACCCAGCAGGGUAUGGAAGGCAUUAAAGUUUUUUUACACGAAAGAGAGCUGUGGAUGAAAUUUCACGAAGUGGGCACUGAGAUGAUAAUUACUAAAGCUGGAAGACGUAUGUUUCCCAGUUACAAGGUGAAGGUAACUGGUCUCAAUCCAAAAACAAAAUACAUUCUUCUCAUGGACAUUGUGCCAGCUGAUGACCACAGAUACAAGUUUGCAGACAACAAAUGGUCAGUUACCGGAAAAGCUGAACCUGCAAUGCCAGGCCGUUUGUAUGUUCACCCUGACUCCCCUGCUACAGGAGCACAUUGGAUGAGGCAGCUGGUGUCGUUCCAGAAGCUGAAGCUCACUAAUAAUCACCUUGAUCCAUUUGGACACAUCAUCCUAAAUUCUAUGCACAAGUACCAGCCAAGACUCCACAUUGUUAAAGCAGAUGAAAAUAAUGGAUUUGGGUCUAAAAACACAGCUUUUUGCACCCAUGUGUUCUCAGAGACUGCAUUCAUAGCUGUAACUUCAUAUCAGAACCACAAGAUCACACAGUUAAAGAUUGAGAACAAUCCAUUUGCAAAAGGAUUUAGAGGAAGUGAUGACAUGGAGCUACACCGCAUGUCCAGGAUGCAGAGCAAAGAAUAUCCAGUAGUGCCUAGAAGUACAGUCAGACAGAAGGUGUCUUCUAACCACAGUCCUUUCACUUCUGAGAGCCGCAACAUUUCUGGAUCCUCAAACCUCAACUCACAGUUCCAGUGCGAGAACGGCGUCAGCAGCACCUCCCAGGACUUGCUUCCAACAUCUAACCCUUACCCAGCUCUGCCCCAUGAGCCUGGACCCAUAUAUCACUGCAACAAAAGAAAAGUGAGCGAGGAUUCAACUGAACACUCUUAUAAGAAGCCGUACAUGGACACAUCUCCAAGCGAGGAAGACCCAUAUUAUCGCUCGGGAUACCAACAACCUUCAUCCUCUUCAUCCACUUCCACCUCCUUCCGUACAGAGUCUGCCCAGCGCCAGGCCUGCAUGUACGCCAGUUCAGCUCCAGCUACAGAACCUGUGCCCGCAUUAGAGGACAUUUCCUGCAACAGCUGGCCAAGUGUGCCCUCUUACAGCAGUUGCACAGUAGGCAGUGGGAUGCAGCCAAUGGAGAGACUGCCCUAUCAACAUUUCUCUGCUCAUUUCACCUCCAGUUCCCUAAUGCCCAGACUGGGAAACCACACAGGCACUCAGCCUGGGGAUUCCCACUCAAUGUUCCAACAUCAAUCUUCUCAUCAGGCCAUAGUAAGGCAGUGUGCACCUCAAUCAGGGUUACAACAGCCAGCCGCACUCCAGACCUCUGAGUUCAUCUACCCUCAUGGUGUGCCCCGGACCCUCUCCCCACAUCAGUACCAUUCUGUCCAUGGGGUGGGUAUGGUGCCAGACUGGAGUGACAACAGCUAACAGUACAGAGACAUAGUGAGAAGGUUGUUGUUAGGCAAAGGACCUUGCAAAGGUGGACAUGUGUUGAAAGGAUGCCAUCAUUUGUGUGCUGGAACCUUAUUUCCUGAUAACCUCAGAAACAUUCACCCAAUUCUUUUGUAUUCUUCCUAUCGCUUACCCCAAGAGGAAUCACAAAUGAGAUGGUGAUUAACGCUGGGUAGACUAUCUUCCUGAAAUGAAUCGGGACACAAGAUUUACUUUAAGAUGGCCCUGUAGCUUGGCACUUCAUGCAGCGGGCUUAUUCCAAAAGUGGCCUACAUGUGAAAGGACAAGGACAGCUAAACAAAACAGUGAUGCACUUCAUGUAUUCACCUGCAUGGCUCUGCCAAAAUAUUUGGUGUUUGCAGUGUGUUACACAGUGUGAUGUAGGAGGCUGUAACAGUCAGUAUAAAAUGUGUAGAAGGUCUGGGUUAUUGGAGACAUGAAGGUUGUGCUGGAGAGGGGCAUAGACUGUGUCACAUACCAAUCCAUCCAGGUUCCAGUAGCCCACGUGUGUUCUUUAUAAAGCCUUAAAAG